GGAUGAUUGUUGUGGAAGCAGCAACCCAAAAUGUAGGUAGAGGAGAGGUUGUAACUGCUGGUGUACAUUUCAGACAAAAAAUAGGUUGGCUUUGCCUAAGGGUGGAGACAAGUAUACUAGGUAUGAAAGCACGCACGCUGUUUUCAUCAACAUUUCACGCCUUGUCGAGAAAUUAUGCAUCGCUCAAUCGCGUCCUUAUCGUGCUCCGCCAACGCAGAAUUCGCGAGCUCAGCCCUCAUACCCGAUGCAGCAGCCUCUUAUACUAGAGCAGCAUAUAAGCAGAUACGUUGCCCAAUCACCAAAGCUUUCCAUUCAUUCUGUCGGGGCUACGAGACAAGGACCGAGGCCCGCUACUGGUUUCUGGCGGGCUAUCAACUGACUUUCCGGCCACUGUGUCCUCUUCCGGCCUGCAACGUCCCGGAUAUCCGGCUUGUUGGCCACACCGGCCCAGCGGCGACGUGUUGCCGGUGGCCCCCACGCAAUCCACCACCCGAAAGCUUAUUCGAUGUUCGCGAGCCAAGAGACCCACGUGGCCUGCCCGGCCCGCGGGCAUCGGGUCGUUCGCAAAGACCGCAGUACCGCGAUCCACGACGCCGUUAUAAAGCCGGCGUCCAGAGGCGGAUUGGUCAGGAAUAAAGCCAAUGGCAGACCAGAUAUUGCGAGUCGCGAUAAUGAGCCCUUGUAAAGUAGUCAGCUUGUGAGGUAGAUCUGUCCAGGGAGGUUUCGUAAUGAACAAAUGAUAGAUGACCAAAUAUCGUACCUCAAAAUAGAAUCAAGGGUACCACCAUAGCACUCCUCGCCGUACACUAGAUGUACCUAUAAUAAGGGAUCUGCGCUUGUACCACAUAUAGAUU